AUGGGCACGGCGAGUGAUCAGAGCACGCCGCUCCUCCUGUCGGCAGAUGGCGGCGACGGCGUCGUGGCGCUGCCGGGCGACGACGCUGGCGGCGGCGGGCACGGGGUGAGCGCGCAGCUGGAGCGUAUCCUAGGCGACGAGUCGGCGCCCCGUGCACGGCGGCUGGCGCGCGCGGCGCGGGUGGAGCUCCGCCUGCUGGUGGCGCUGGCCGCGCCGGCCGUGGCCGUCUACAUGAUCAACUACUCCAUGUCACUGUCCACGAGGAUCUUCUGCGGGCAGCUCGGCACGCUCGAGCUCGCCGCCGCCUCGCUCGGCAACGUCGGUAUCCAGGUCUUCGCAUACGGCCUCAUGCUGGGCAUGGGCAGCGCGGUGGAGACGCUCUGCGGGCAGGCCUACGGCGCGCACAAGUACGACAUGCUGGGAAUCUACAUGCAGCGCUCCAUCGUCCUGCUCACCGCCACCGGCGUCCCGCUGGCCGUCAUCUACGUGUUCUCGAAGCAGAUCCUGCUGCUGCUGGGGGAGUCGGAGCGGAUCGCGGAGGCGGCCUGGGUGUUCGUGCUCGGCCUCAUCCCGCAGAUCUUCGCCUACGCCUUCAACUUCCCCAUCCAGAAGUUCCUGCAGGCGCAGAGCAUCGUGGCGCCCAGCGCCUACAUCUCCACGGCCACGCUGGUCGCGCACCUGGCCCUCAGCUGGUUCGCGGUCUACAGGCUGGGGCUGGGCCUGCUGGGCGCGUCGCUGAUCCUCAGCCUCAGCUGGUGGAUCAUUGUCGCCGCGCAGUUCGUGUAUAUUGUUAAGUCACAGAGGUGCCGCCGGACGUGGACGGGCUUCUCCUGCAGGGCGUUCUCCGGCUUGCCGGAGUUCCUCAAGCUCUCGUUCGCGUCGGCGGUCAUGCUUUGCCUCGAGACGUGGUACACGCAGAUCACCGUGCUCAUAGCGGGCUUGCUCAAAGACCCGGAGAUCGCCCUUGAUUCUCUUGCUGUCUGCAUGUCCAUAUCAGGAUGGGUGUUCAUGGUGUCGGUAGGCUUCAACGCUGCUGCUAGCGUGAGGGUGAGCAACGAGCUCGGAGCCGGGCACCCCAUGGCGACAUCUUUCUCUGUCAAGGUCGUGACCACGCUGUCUUUGAUGGUGGCGUCCAUUAUAGCAGUCAUCGUCAUGUGCCUCCGCGACUACAUCAGCUACGUCUUCACCAAAGGGGAUGACGUCGCGCGCGCCGUGUCCACCAUGACCCCGCUGCUCGCCGUCACCAUCGUGCUCAACGGCAUUCAGCCCGUCCUAUCUGGUGUGGCGGUUGGCUGCGGGUGGCAGGCGUUCGUGGCAUAUGUGAACAUCGCAUGCUACUACGGCAUUGGGAUCCCGCUUGGCUGCGUUUUGGGAUUCUACUUUGAUCUAGGUGCCAUGGGAAUAUGGGGUGGAAUGAUAGGUGGAUUGAUUGUUCAGACGCUUAUUCUUAUCUGGGUCACACUUCGCACUGAUUGGAAUAAAGAGGUAGAACAAGCGCGCAUGAGGCUAAAUAAAUGGGAUGACAAAAAGAAGCCCCUUUUGGCGGAAGAUUGA